AUGAUUUUUGAUCAAUUACACAUUGUCAAAAAUCUGCCAAAGGACGACUACAGUGCCAAUACGAAAACAAGAUUGUGUUUGCUGCCAAUCCUUCAAGGAGACACAUCAACAGGCGAGGUCAUAGCAGUAGUGGGAAGUUGUGAUGCUUUGGGAGGCUGGAGCCAUCAAAAAGCAAUCACUCUGCACCCUUCGGAAGGCGAUACCGGCACGUGGACCGCCACCGUUCAUGUGCCGAAGGGAGCCGUUCUCAACUAUAGAUAUUUCAAAGCCUUCUUCUUGGAGUCUAAGAGUGCAGGCGGGCCCUGUCAAGUGAUAGUCAAUGUGUGGGAGACGCAUCUCCACCCACGCAUCAUGGCCCCCACAGCUGCCCACCAGAAUAUUGAUGACGGCCAUUUCGGAAUCCACAAUGGUGUGAGAUGCGUUGACUCCGGGUGGCUCACGUGCCAGACUGAAAUUCGCCUCCGUCUGCACUAUUCGAAGACUCUUCCGGUUUCCAUCACCAAGAAGAAAUUCAAGAAGUCUCGUUUCAGGAUCAAACUGACAUUGGAGGGUGUUGAGGAGGAGGAGGAGGAUGAGGAAGAGGGGCAUAAAAUGGCCACCACGUUGGGCAUCAGCAUGAUCAGCGCCGGAGAAUACAAGUCACGUCACUCCCAGCCCGAAUGCGGCUACGCGCUGGAGCCGGGGCGCUGGACAGAGUACAGCCUCCACACCAUGGACCCUGACAACCUGGAGCUCACACUGGAAUUCUUCGAGGAGGACCUAGGCGAGCAUGUGGUGCAGGGGGACGCCCAGCCGGGGUACGUGGGGACCGCCUGCCUCCUCUCUUCCUCCUUCCUGGAAAGCGGCAAGGACAUUGGAGUGAUGACCCUGCCCAUCAUGGGGCGCAACUCCAGACAGACCAUUGGGAAAGUGAAAGUGGAUUAUUUGGUCAUCCGUCCGAUUCGCGGUCAGCAGUGCGACAUGAGCUCAUCGUUUGCAAAAUACUGGAAGAAGAGAAGCACCUUGGACGUGGGACACAGAGGAGCUGGCAGCACACAUUCAGACAAGCAUCACCGCAUCAGGGAGAACACGAUAGCUUCUUUCGCAAGUGCAGCCAAGAACGGCGCAGCGUAUGUCGAGUUUGACGUUCAUCUUUCAAAAGAUGCUGUUCCAAUUGUGUUCCACGAUCUGACCUGCUGCAUCGCAACUAAGAAGAAGAAAAAUGACAAAACCCUGGAGCUUGUCGAGGUUCCUGUAAAAGACUUGACAUUUGACCAACUUCAGCUCCUAAAGCUGGAUCAUGUUGCUGCCAUGAACGGAACAGACCACCGAGAAAUGGAGGAUGAGGACGAAAUAGACGAACACCAGCCCUUCCCUUCACUGUCCCAGAUCUUUCAAGCCGUGCCUGAGAAUGUAGGAUUCAACAUUGAACUCAAAUGGAUCUGCCAAAUGAAGGAUGGUGCGUGGGACGGAAACCUGUCGUCCUACUUCAACAUGAACACCUUCCUGGACAUUAUUCUGUCCUGUGUGCUGCAGGGAGGUGGGAACAGGCGCAUCGUCUUCUCCUCCUUUGACCCGGAUAUCUGCACCAUGGUCCGUAACAAACAAAACAAAUACCCCAUCCUGUUCCUGACGCAGGGCGUGUGUGCGCGAUACCCGGAGCUCAUGGACCUCCGCUGUCGGACCACACAGAUCGCCAUCAGCUUUGCCCAGAGCGAGAACAUUCUGGGGAUCAGCGCGCACACAGAGGAGCUGCUGAACAACCUGAACCUCAUCGAGGAGGCGCAGUCUAAAGGUCUGGUGGUGUUCAGCUGGGGAGAAGACAACAACCACCACGAAACCAGGAGAACGCUGAGAGAGAAGUGCAUCGACGGCCUCAUAUACGACCGAGUUGGCGAAGACCAACUAGAGCAACCAGACAUCUUUCAGGUGGAGGCGCAGCACUCUUUUGGGGAGGUGAUCACGGAGGAGACCAUGAAGAGCUCCAGCUGCUCCUGCUACUCCAUCCCCUGCUCCUCCAGGAACCUGUGCCCCAGCUCCAAGGUUCGAGCCGGGAGCGCUGAGUCCGACUCCGGCCUCAGCUCCUCCUGA